AAAAGGACAGCGGGUGUCGUAAAGGCUGAAGAGGCUGGUGUUGAAAAGAGUCGGAACAGAGCUCAUUGUGGUGUCGGAGCGGAGUGAGCUGCUGCCACACACAGGGAGACAAAAAGGGGGCUUUUCCGAGACCACAAAGGGACUGAGGGUAAGCGAACAGAUAUGGACAUGAAGGCACCACACAGACCUGGCUGUGCACUGUGAAGAGGACCGUGCCAGCCAGUCGGAAAGCCCCGGAAUAUGAAGAGUUAAGAGCGACAUACCAACUGUUUAUUUCUGCAGCUAGCAGGCUAGCUGGCUACGUUCCUCGGAGCUAGAAACGCGAAGCCCCCAUGAGUUCGCUUGAUGGACAUCUUCGUGGAGCUUUGAAAAAGCUGCUGUCCAUUUGGAUAUCGCUGCUUGGAAUUCGGACCGUCCGUCGCCCUUUUUGCCUGUUGGUUCAAGGUUGCACUCGCAUUAAGAAGGGAGAACAUGACUCACUGGCCUCCGGCAGAGACUGGCACAAGGCAGCUGUGCCAAUCUUGUCCCUGCCUACUCCUUUAGAAGCUACUCCAGUACAGCAUGAUCGAAAGGCAUUGAGGUUAACUCCCUGACGAUCAUCUCAAUACCUCUCCUCCUCCCUACCCUUCUAGAUCCCCCACCCCCAACAUGCUGCGCUUCCUGCCUCUCAAACUUGGCCGCCUUUACCGCUGUCUGAAGCUCCUACUGGUGGUGGGAUUGUUUGUUAUUUUGUUGAUCAACACACACAACCUUUUCGCCUCCUUUCAGAAGAAUGAACUCACUGACAGACGCUUCAUCAACCUCAAUAAGUGUCCCGCCUGUUUCGGUACAAGCUGGUGUCGCAAGUUCAUGAACAGCCAGGUUUCUUUUGAGACCUGGGGCCGACUGCGGUUCCUGGAUGUCUUCAAUGUGAAGAACGUUUACUUUGCUCAGUAUGGUGAACCCAGGGAAGGCACCCGUCGCAUAGUGCUCAAACGACUUGGCUCCAACCAGGAGCUUGCCGACAUAGACCAGAAAAUUUGCAAGAGGGCCACAGGCAGGCCGCGCUGUGACCUCAUCCAGGCAAUGUACAAGACCGAAUUUGCCCGGAUCAAUGGCGAUGUUCGUUUGCUUACUCCAGAUGUGGUGGAAGGCUGGUCAGACCUGGUGCACUGCCCUUCUCAGAGGCUACUGGACCGUGUUGUCCGCAGAUAUGCGGAGACUAAAGAUUCAGGCAGCUUCUUGCUCAAGAACCUCAAAGACACAGAAAGAAUGCAGCUGCUCAUGACGUUGGCAUUCAACCCAGAACCUCUUGUAUUACAGAGCUUUCCAUCGGACGAAGGGUGGCCAUUUGCCAAGUACCUGGGAGCAUGUGGGCGCGUGGUAGCUGUCAACUAUGUGGGCGAGGAGCUGUGGAGCUUCUACAAUGCACCCUGGGAGAAGAGGGUGGACUUGGCACGCCAGCUGAUGGACAUCGCAGAGCAGCUCACAAACAAUGACUUUGAGUUUGCCCUCUACCUGCUCGACGUCAGCUUUGACAAUUUUGCAGUUGGCCCACGCGACGGAAAGGUCAUCGUUGUUGAUGCUGAGAAUGUUCUCGUGGCAGACAAGAGGUUGAUAAAGCAGAACAAGCCAGAAAACUAUGACGUGUGGUACGAGAGCCGGUUUGAGGAGUGCGACAGGGAGGCCUGCCUGUCUUUCUCGAAGGAGUCUCUUUGUUCCAGGGUCACCGUAGACCACAAUUACUAUGCUGUGUGCCAGAACUUGCUUUCGCGCUACGCUACAUGGCGGGGCACCACUGGAGGCCUCCUUCACAACCCCCCUGCACACAUAGCCAAAGAUGGACAACUUGAGGCCCUGUUGGACGAGUGCACCAAACCCAAAAAGCGCUAUGGCCGGUUCCAAGCAGCCAAGGAACUGCGCGAAUACCUCACACAGCUAGCUGCUGCUUCCUCUUCAGCCAUGGCCAGGUAAUAAAUGGAGUUGGCAUUAGCCUGACACGCAGAGAGACUGAAAGCUGCAGUCAUAUCUCUAAACUCAGACCCUGGUUCUUGUCCAUGAUGUCAUUCACUCCCCUUUGCACAGAAGCAGGAAAAUGUUUGGUGUCUUUUAUCAACAAGUCAACUUGAAGAAAAGACUUGCCAAAGCUCACCGUGCUGUUACCUGUCUUUAUUCUUGUGCGGAAGAGGAGUGUGGCGGUCAGAGACUCUGCUGCAGAAUGUGGCUAGAAAAGGGGGCAUUACCUCUCCGUUCCCAGCGGGAAGUGGAGGAGAAACAGCGCCGGUAAACUCACCGGACUCGAGCUCGGGCAAACCAGAGCUUCAGAGCAGCAGCGUUGCACAGCCCUGCUAGCAUCUAUCCUCCUCUUCACCUCCCUUUUUCCAUCAGGUUUUUUCCAUUAUUAUUGUUUUUUUUUUUUAUGUGGUACCGUAACACCCAUUUCAUUGUGCCCCCAGGCUCUGUUCUUGUUGUUUGGAUUUCUUUUUUUCUUCCCCCUUUUCAUGACUGAAUUUAAAUAGAUUUGUAUAUUUAAAUUUCACCAUGUCAUGGUUUUUCCUCAGCGUGGCCACAGGGAAGGCAGAGGUAGAAAGCAGGCAGAAAGCUGCAGUCAGUGGGGAGGUAGAGGCAGGCGUCUGGUUUUCCUGCAGGAGAAAAACAACACCCGUGACAUCUAUAUAACUCUAAUUUCCUGAUACGCUAAUCAGUUACUGCAUUUAUGGGUUGCAGGAUUGUGGCAAUGAGCUUUUUUUUUUCUUUUUUCUUUUUUUAAGUGUUUUCCUUUAUUGUUAUUCAGAGAGUGUGCUGCACCUGCACACAGAUAACAGAAGGUGAUAACUGGACAGUGGUUUUCCCUUGAUGGAGAUGUGCCUAUACCAGAGAGAUUGUAUACCAUAGUUGGUGGAUGAAGCCAAGGCAACUAUUGUUUGAGUGACUCUGGUGCCUCUGCUCAAGUCUCUUGUACAGGCACAUACCUGCAUCUUAAAGGACAAGAAAUGUAUAGGUGGAGCGCAGACAGACAGUAUGCACUCUUGAAAAUGACUUUCCUUGUGAUAUUGUGACAUGGCUGCUGGUUUUCAAUAAAAAUUGUAGCAAAAUUUUUGCUAAUGCCCUUGUUGGUUACAGUGAUUUACCCCCCCCCCCCCCCCGCAUUUUUAAAAAUACAAAUGCAGAAUAUGUUUUAGAAGCUGGGUAUGAAGGGAGCUGAGCAGAAUGGGCUGUAUGUUCCGUAACUUAAGCUAGAAGUGGAAAAACUCCCAAAUUCCCAAAGCAGCUAAUUGCUGACUUCCACAGUCUCUGUCAUUUUCCCAGACGACACAUUUAAUUGGCCAUUGCACACUCAUACAUACAUGCCCCCCUCCCAGUACACACACACAGACACACAUACACACAUCAAGUACAGAAAGGUUCACACCGUUAAAUUGAAUCAUAUUUGAAUUAAUGGUAACUGAGUUGCCUGGGAUCUGAUUAGCAAUGGACCUGCACUCGCGUGGUUACUGUAUGAUACAGUCUUCAGUUUUACUGGACUAUGCUGAAUUUUGCCAGAUCUCAGAUGGGUCUUGGCUUUAAAAAUUAAAAAAUGGCACAGAGUAGCCCCGGUGUUAACAGCAGAAGCUCUGAAUGAACCCUGCAUAUUGAUCUCUGAACUGUGACAUGUCUAUGGUCAUUACGGCUCGGCUGGAUCACAAGUCAGCUAUACAAAAACACUACAAUUUACUUAUUUUGCCACAAAACAUGAUCUUUUGAAGUAUGGUUGAGCCAUUUAAAAAAAAA